AUGUUUCUUCGUUUUACAAUUCGUUGUCGAUGUUUCUAUUCGACAUUGAUUGAUAUUAAUAAUCGAUUGAAACAAUUAAAUAUGAAUAAACAAUAUAAAAAAGUGAUUGAUUUAUUUGAUAAUUAUAUUCAAAAAAAUAAUCCAAGUGAUCUUGUAAUUAAUCAAACACUUAAAGCUUGUAUUGAAUUAGGUGAUAUAAAACGAGGAUCAUCUAUUUAUCAACGUUUAUCAUCUCAAUCAAAACAAAAUCAUUUUAUUCAAACAAAUCUUAUUCGUCUCUUUAUGAAAUCUGGUGAUAUAAAUAAAGCAAAAGAAAUCUUUAAUAAAAGUCAAAAUAAAACUCUUUUUAUGUACAAUACAAUGAUCAAUGGUCUUUCAAAUAAUAAUCAUGGUAAAGAAGCAAUAAAUCUCUUGCGAGAAAUGUCAAUUCCACCCAAUGAAUAUACAUAUACAAUAUUAUUUAAAACUUGUUCACAAUUAAAUGAUUCUCAAUCGAUUGAAUUUGGAAAAGAUUUAUUUGAAAAUCUUCCUAGUCAAUAUCAAAAUCAUCCAAUUAUUCUUAAUUCAGCAUUACAUAUGUUAAUGCAAUAUGGAGAUAUUUUAUUAGCUGAAGAGAUUUUUUCACAAAUGAAUAAAGAUACAACAAGUUAUGGUGUUAUGAUGUCAGGUUAUUUAAAAAAUAAACAGAUAGAAAAAACAAUUGAUUUAUUUUUUCAAAUUAAUAAACCAAAUGAUAUAAAUUUGAUUAUAUUUUUUAAUGCAUGUGCUGAAUUAGGUAAUGAAAAAGUACUUCACUCGAUAUUAAAUAUGUUUAGUAAAUUAAAUCGAAAUGAAAUGACAUAUGAAUUAAUGAUGAAUAUGUACAAUAAGCGAAAUGAACCGGAAGAAACUUUAAAUUUAUAUGAAGAAAUGAAACGAAAAAAAAUUCAACCAAAUGAAAGAAUUUAUAUUUUAAUUCUCAAUGCUUUUUUUCAAUUAAAUUAUUUUAUUAAAGCAGAAGAAUUCUUCAAUCAAAUUCCAAAUAAAUCAUCAAUGAUUUAUGAUGUUGUACUCAAUGGUUUAGCUAAUCAUAAUCGUGCGGAACAAGCAUUUGAUCUUUUUCAGCAAAUGUCCAUUCCACCAAAUGAAUAUACAUUAAGUAUUUUAUUUAAAAUUUGUUCACAAUUAAAUAAUACAAAAUCAUUUGAAUUUGCAAAAAAAAUCUUAAACGCAGUACCUGAAAAAUAUCAGUCGAAUACAAUUAUUCUUAAUUCAGCAUUACAUAUGUUAAUGCAAUAUGGAGAUAUUUUAUUCGCUGAAAAGAUUUUUUCACAAAUGAAUAAAGAUACAAUUAGUUAUGGUGUAAUGAUGUCAGGUUAUUUGAAAAAUAAUCGACCAGAAAAAGUCAUUGAUAUUUUUAUGAAAUUAAAUAAUCAAAUGGAUGAAAUUAAUCUAUUAUUAUUUUUCAGUGCAUGUGCUGAAUUAGUUAAUGCAAAAGGAUUGAAAUUAGGUAAACAAAUCUAUUCAAAAUUAUUAUCAAAUAGAAAAUUACUUAGUAAAAAAGUAAUUCAUUCAAUAUUAAAUAUGUUGAGUAAAUGUUCAGAUGUUGAAAAUGCUGAAAAAUUAUUUCAAAAAUUAAAUAAAAAUACGAUUACUUAUGGAUGUAUGAUGGCAAUGUAUAAUAAUCAAAAUGAACCUGAGAAAACUUUAAAUUUAUAUGAAGAAAUGAAACGAGAUAAAAUUGAAAUUGAUAAUCUUAUUUGGAUGUUAAUUCUUAAUGCAUUAGCAGAAUUAACUGAUCUUUCAACAUGUGAAUUGAUUAGUUCAGAAUUACCUGAGACAUUCUACAAUGAUAUUCAAAUUCAAAAUGCAUUGAUUAAUAUAUGGGGAAAAUGUAGUUCAGUUGAUCGAGCAAAAAAGAUUUUUGAUCAAAUUAUAAAGCCAAAUAAUAUGUCAUAUUCUACUAUGAUUAAUGCAUAUGGUCUAAAUGGAUUAGGUAGAGAAGCUGUUCAACUCUAUGAUGAAAUUCCAUUUGAAAUCAUUGAUGAUAUUAUUAAUUUAUGUGUAUUGAAUGCAUGUUCACAUGCAAGUCUAAUUAAUGAAGCUCAAGAGAUUUUUAAAAAUAUUUCCAUCGAUAAAAGAACAGAAAAAAUUUAUACAGCAAUGAUUGAUUGUUUUAGUCGUUCAAAUUUAAUGAAUGAAGCUGAAGAAUUGAUUAAUGAAUAUGAACAAUCACAUUUACCAUCCUAUUCAAUGUACAUGUCAGUUUUGUCAGCGGCACGUAAUCAACGAAAUCCAUUAUUAGCACAGAAAAUGUAUAAUCGUAUUGAACCUUAUUUAAAAGAUCAAAAAAUCUAUGCUACAUCAGCUAAAGUCUUGUUGGCAAAUACGUAUGCAUUAGCAGGUGAUUUAACAACAGUAUCAAAUAUUCGAACGAAAAUGAAUCAAUCAGGUUUGAAAAAAUUGGUUGGUCUUUCUUGGACCGUGGUGAAUGGAAAAGUAGUGAAAUUUCGUGCACAUGAUCGAUCACAUCCACAAUCGAAUGAAAUCUACAAAGAAUUAGAAUGUUUAACAAAUGAAUUAAAAGAACAUGGAUAUCAAUGCGAUGCAUCAUGGAUUGGUCGACCAUUGAUGAAUAAUGAAACGGAAGAAUCUAUUUUGUCAGGUCAUAGUGAACGAUUAGCGAUUGCAUUUAAUUUAAUACAACGACCAAUUCCAAAUCGUAUUCAAAUAAUGAAAAAUCUUCGUGUGUGUGGUGACUGUCAUACUUUUAGCAAAUGGGUUGCUCAAGUUCGUCAAUGUACAAUUAUUAUACGAGAUGCUAAUCGUACACAUUAUUUCUAUCCCGAUGGUUAUUGUUCUUGUGGAGAUGUUUUUUAA